CCAAUCAGCGCGCGGGGCCGGCUCGGCGGGGCCGCCCGCGCGCGGGGUGUGUGAGGACGCGCUGCUCGUCGCUGAGUGCCUGAGCUGAGGAGCAGUUGCCGUGGUACCUGCUGCUGCCCGUGCGGUCGCAGAGCAUCGGACGCGGGUGCUGUCGCGUGGGGCGCGAAGGUGAAGCCAUGACGUCGGUCAGUGAAAAUAUUCUCUUUGGAAUGGGAAAUCCACUUCUUGACAUCUCUGCUGUAGUGGAUAAGGAUUUCCUUGAUAAGUAUUCUCUUAAACCAAAUGACCAAAUCUUGGCUGAAGACAAGCACAAGGAACUGUUUGAUGAACUUGUAAAAAAAUUCAAAGUUGAAUAUCAUGCUGGUGGCUCUACACAGAAUUCAAUUAAAGUGGCUCAGUGGAUGAUUCAGCAGCCACACAAAGCAGCAACAUUUUUUGGAUGCAUUGGGACAGAUAAAUUUGGGGAGAUCCUAAAGAAGAAAGCUGAUGAAGCUCAUGUAGAUGCUUAUUAUUAUGAGCAGAAUGAACAACCAACAGGAACUUGUGCUGCAUGCAUCACUGGUGGCAACAGGUCCCUUGUAGCUAAUCUUGCAGCUGCCAAUUGUUAUAAAAAGGAAAAACAUCUUGAUAUGGAGAAAAACUGGAUGUUGGUAGAAAAAGCAAGAGUUUAUUAUAUUGCAGGCUUUUUUCUUACAGUUUCCCCAGAGUCAGUAUUAAAAGUGGCUCACCAUGCUUCUGAAAACAACAGAAUUUUCACUUUGAAUUUGUCUGCACCAUUUAUUAGCCAGUUCUACAAGGACUCAUUGAUGAAAGUUUUACCUUAUGUUGACAUACUUUUUGGAAAUGAGACGGAAGCUGCCACUUUUGCUAGAGAGCAAGGCUUUGAGGCUGAAGACAUUAAAGAGAUAGCCAAAAAGACGCAAGCUAUUCCAAAGGUGAACUCAAAGAGGCAGCGAAUUGUGAUUUUCACCCAAGGGAAAGAUGAUACUAUAAUGGCUACAGAAAGUGAAGUCACCACUUUUGCUGUCUUGGAUCAAGACCAGAAAGAAAUUGUUGAUACCAAUGGAGCUGGAGAUGCAUUUGUUGGAGGUUUUCUGUCUCAGCUGGUCUAUGACAAGCCCCUGACUGAAUGCAUCCGUGCUGGCCACUAUGCAGCAAGUGUCAUAAUUAAGCGGAGUGGCUGCACCUUUCCUGAGAAGCCAGACUUCCACUGAUGGAAAAGCAGGAAACCCAAGUGCAAGAGUACAGACACUGCCCUGAUUGUUUCCAAUAACUUCCCAUAUCAAUAAGGAAGAAAAUUAUCUGCCAUUUUUUCCUACUAUAUUAUUCAUCCUUAAUUUAGAUGAUACAAUAAUGCUCGAUAGGGCCUUUAUUCUCUCAAUAUCCUAAAAAAAUUAUGUUUAUUUCCAUGAUUUGAUAAUACAAUUUAAAUGUCAAUUAAACAGGAAUAUAACAUUUCAAUAGAAAUUUUUAUUUCAUUUUCAAUUACAUUGUAAAUUCAUGUGUAUUUAGCAAAUUAAUCUUUUUUUUUUUUACAUUUCUGCUUUGAAUGCAGAUGCAAUUUAAUAUAAUAGAUUUUUUAAAUGAAUUAAUCCUGACACAUCAAUCUUUAGCUUUUUAUAUAAGUAUAUUUAAUUUAGGUAUAUGUAUGUAUCACAUAUAUACAUGAUAAAUGGUCAAAUAAGUAUAGAAAUAAUUAUCUUGCCAAACUUUGCCAAAUAAUCUCUUCAGUGUGUACUCAGACAUAUAAUAAAACUUUGAAUAAUUAA